CCGGAGGAGAUCCAGCGAUUUUUCGACAGCAAACCCUUUUAUUAUUUCAUAUUUACUGUUUAAUUAAUUGUAUUGUGUUUUAAUUACCAUAUUAUUGUAUUAUUACUUGUAUUUUCUGUUUUUAAUCUUAUAUAUUUGUUUUUCAGGUGUCGGAGGCCGGUGAGGGUAUACUGACACCCUGCGGUCCGACAUGGAGUUUUGGCGUAGCGAAGAGCAUCGCCUGGAGGGCACUGAGGAGCUGAGGGCUGCCUGUCUGCAGUGGCAGGGUGAGGGUCCAGACCCCUGGACGGAGCUCAGGAGGGUUCAGCAUGAGUUCCUCGAGGGGAAGCUGAGGGCCCUCAUUCAGAAGGUGGAGUCUCACUGCGCACACCACUCUCCCACUCUCCUGCCUUUUUGCGAGGAGCCAGACCCCUGGACGGAGCUCAGGAGGGUUCAGCUCGAGUUCCUUGAGGGGAAGCUGAAGGCCCUCAUUGAGAAGCAGCUUUCCUGUCCCAGGCCGCGUGCUGGGAGUGUCCUGGUGCCAGUUAUGGAGGCAGCCCCCGCUCACAGGCUGGACUCUACGGAGCCUGAAAUCCCAGCUCCAGUUGCACAGUGCGAAGAAGCUCCAGCUCCAGAGCUCACCACCACCUCUCAUCCGGAGCCAUCCAGCCAGGGAGACACUGCACUGUCACCCACCACUAAUACACAGCGCAGAUCCCUGAAACGCCCUGUCACCAACUUUCGGACCUCCUUUGUGUGUCGUUUCAGGUCUCCUCGCCGAGUCCUGGUGCAGGUAGAAGAGGCAGAUCCCUCUCACCGGCUGGACCUUCAGGACACAAAGCCUGAACUGGAGCCAGUGCCAGCUGCACAGGACGAGGACGACCUGGAGAACGACGUGGAGGUCCUGGAGUUGCAGCAUCACAGGCCAGGAGAGACAGCUCCAAACAGAAAGAGAGGAUGGCUACAGCACCUGCUCAGCUGCUUCAGGUGGAAAGCAAGAAAGAGCUGAAAAGAGAAAUCCUGUAUUAUCCAGUUGUGGCUUACAGACGUGGGAAGCAGUUUGAAGACUUAAACAAGUCACUGGUUCAGUCCCCUGUACUGGUAGGACAUACAGAUGGGUAAGAGAGAGAACAAUGUUUUUGCAUUGCUAACAAUCACUAUAUUAUCAUUAGCCAGUUAGUUUUCAUUGAAAUGUUAUCAAAAAGUCCUGCCUAAUUCCAAUAUUUAUUUUUCAGAAAAAAUAAAUAAACUUUAGAGAACUAAGGCUACUGGGACUGGGAGCAGAUACUAAACAAGCAAUAUUGACUAAUUUGAUUUGAUUUAUGGCUUAAUACUGCUUUUCUGCAUUUUGGCUUUAGCAAUAUUUUAACUUUUCCACCUCAUUGUAUCUUUAAAAUGUUUUUGAUUUUGGUCUUUUUCCAUUUCCAUUUCCAUUUUUAUGUGUAUUUUCAAAAUAUGCAAAAAAGACACUUGAUGGAAAACCUUUUACUGGCAAAGGGUAAUAGGGCAGAGGGAUAGCUAUUUUACCCAUCCAGGGUGAGGGAGGACAUAUACUGGGUGCUCUCUUGGACUACCAGACAUGGAUGGCUGAGGCAUCACUCUGAGUCCAUGUUUUUGUUCUUUUUUACAUUUUGUACAUUUGCUGCAGUAGGUUGGAAAGUGGUGUGAUUUUUUUGUUUCAAGGUAUUGUACUGAAUUUUGUCUCUCUGCCAGAAUCCAAUUCCAAGUAAGUUAAGGCACACAAGUAGCACAAUACACUUUGUUUUGUUUGAUUUCUGUUUUUUUUAAUAAGAGUUAGUCUACAGUAAAAUAUAGUAAACACCAGCAUACAUUAUUGAACCCAUGUGAUGCAUGAGUAAGACUUUGGCAUCAAACAUUUCUCCUUCUAUUUUUUACAAUGUGAUGAUACUCCUGCCAUAACUUCCUGUGAUUGGUCUGAAAAUUUCAACCAUCCAAAAAAAGGUGUGAAACAGGCAGACCAAGUUUCGGAUCAAGACCACCUCUUUUGUUUGGAUUAAAUUUUGGUCCUUUGGUCUGGAUGGUGGUUUGUGGCUCUUUGCACUUUCUCACACUUACUAUUUUGGUUUGAACCAAACUGAUAUAAAAGCCUAAACGUCCAGCUUAGACAGCUGCUCCACCCAGGAUCCCAAUGAUCCAGAUGUUUGAAUAUAGAAUCAGUGGGCUGAACACAGUUUAGGAGCUAAUUCUGUUCUGGUUAGCCUUGAAUGUCGCUGUAGUCGAGACUUGUGUAUAUGCAGCUUCUUCUCUAAGCACCUUGCAUCCCUCGUCCACACACACACUCACACACACACAGAGAGACUCAGUGCGCCGGUUUCAGGGGAGCUCCCUGAGCGGCGGCGUGUUUGUGUUUGUGGAAACAGAUGAAUAAUCGAGCCUCAAAUCCAGUGAAGGAGGAAAAGGGGAGACAGAUGGCACAGUGCAGAUACACACUCUCACACACUCACACACACACAUAGCCUACACUCACACACAAGCCCAAGGACGAGGCCUGGCAUUGUUUGCCCUAUCAGGGUCGAGCCGUCGCCCCUCUCAGCCCCAGCAGCGCCGAGGUUUUGGAGCUAUUGUUUCUGGCUUUCUUUAAUUUCAGAGAGCCAGUGGAGUGUGACGGCGGCGUGGUUACACCUGGCAUGUGCGCCUCGACCAUGAAGCGAAGAAAAGAAGAGGAAAAGGAGUGAAAACACAACCCGGGCUGAAUAAUCCGGCCUAAUGCGGCAGAGGUUAAAGAGGCUUUGGCGAUAUAUCCCCUCUGUCUCGGGGAAUUUGGGAGGAAAGAGAAGAAAAAGGAGAGAUAAAAAGGGCAGAAACAAGAGGCCGGAUUCCCUCCGGGCCUCGUACGGAUUGCUAAUGAUUGUUAUAGCAGCUGACAAGCGCGGCAUUAGGCCGAGCAGAUAGCAUCCAGGGGUGGAGAGAGAAGGUGGCUUGGGGAAGGAGAUAAUGCUGCCAAAGUGAAAGAGCAGAGAAAGAAGGAGGAAUAUCACACUCAUUCAGUCGCGCAGUCUAUCCAUCCUGCCCUUCAGAGCGUUACCUGCUAUAAUCCGGCCCCCGGGCACUGGGUCUGAA